GCUGUUGCAGUUGUGUUUGCAGUGGCCCCCAGUGAGGCAGCAAUCGCAGCAGCAGCAGCAGCGCAUGCAGCAGCAGCAGCAACAGCAGCACCAGCAGAACAGUAGUAGUCAUCAUCCCCGGAGAUCCCCAGUUGUCCACUUGAACUCCAGCCAUGAACUUGUCCAAUUCCUGCAGCGACAGCAGCAACGAGUCCAUGGUCAAUCCGAUGCAACAGCAGCAGCAGCAGGAGCGAUAUGUGUGGGAGAUGCGCACCCGUAGUCCAAAUGUAACGCCAGCCAGCACGGUGCUAAAUUCGCCGGAUCUCAAUGCCGAGCUGUCCUACGUUCCGCUGCAGGGUUUGUCACCAACGAGCGGAGGGGGAGGAAACGGAGGAGGAGGUACUGGUGGUCAGGGUGCGGCCCGAGAUUCCAGCAACUAUUACUAUCAGCGACCGCACUUGCAUCAGAUUCGGCUGGGCAGAAGUCCGGGCAGCCAAUUCGAGACGCGGGAUGUUCUGCCACAGGGUCUGGCCAGUCCCGGCUCGCCGACGGAUGUGGGCAAAGCGGAUGGCCAGUGUCUGCGGGAUGGUGAGAUCGUGGUCUUCGACGACAUCGACACCAACUGGAUGAACAAGCCAUCGAGUGGUGGCCACCGAACGCCGGGCAGCAACGAGGAUGUUCUGAAAGUGACCAAGAUGAUUGGCCAGCUGCCCAUUGCCGAGUACGAGGGAUCACCGCGACGAUUUGGUAGUCAAACGAAUGCAGGAGGAGCACCGCCACCGCGAAAACGUCCGCCGGGCUUCCCGCAAAGGGUUUCGCCCACAACCAGUGGCGUGAAUAAUGCGACUGCCUCGGCCAAAGCAUCGGUGGGCAACCUAAUCGAUCUGAUCGACCACGAGGAGGAGAAGACGCCCACUUUCGAUUACCUGUACGAGUUCUCAGAGACGCGAAAGGUGCUGGAGGAGUUCUUCAAGGCGAAUCCGGAGGACUACGCCGCGGAAAGUGGCGACGAUAUAGCCAGUUCGCAGCAACAGGAGUACCCAGCCACGCCCAUGGAGCAGGCAUAUAUUGGUCAGCGGCUGGCGCGAAUACCCAAAGAUGAGCUCUACAUGGUGCACCGUUCGCCCAUCAAGAAGCCACCAAAUGACCAAAAUCCAGCGACGGCCUACCAGGAGCACAAUGACAUCGAGCUGUAUAUCGAUUCGAAUAGUCGCAGCAGCGGCGAUCUGGCGGACACCGAGCUGGAGGCAAAUUUGCGUAGGCAUUCGCGCAACUUUACCCUUUCGCCGGAGACAACGGACUACGAUUCGAAUUGCGGCGAUCUGGAUAGUCUGUCCAAUGACAUCAACUGUCCCACGGAUUAUGGCAAACUGUAUACGAGCAUGCCCGUCCUGGAGGAUGGCCUGAGCAGUGGUCAUGCCUCCGACACCGAGAACAAUGUCUCCGUGGUCUGUGACCAAAAGCAGUCGUCUCAGUCGCAAUUCCAGCCGGUCCACGAGCACAACGGAAACGGCGAGCGGCUGGAGAACGGAGACUACAAUGUGAUGAGCGCCAGCAUGGCCACGUUGACCACAGAUGCCUCGCAAUCGGCGCUGAUAAGCGACUUUGCCUCGCUGCCUAUGCCACCGGCACCAGCUCCAGUUCCGCCCCCUUCAUCAUCAUCGCCGCCCCAAAUUGAGAUCGCCGAUGCCAGUGAAUCCAUGGCCAUGGCCGCAGAGGCUGAUAAUCCGCUGGACAGUCACUAUGGUGCCGUUUAUGCAGCCGCUCUAACAGAAAAGUCAACUGCUCUGCCAUCACAGGCUGCCUCGGAAAUUCAGGAGGCCAUGAAGGAGAUUCGGUCCGCCUUGCAGCGGGCCAAAACGCAGCCGGAAAAGCUCAAGUUCUGCGACGAGGUGCUGCCCACAGAUCCGGAUUCCCCCGUUUGGGUGCCGCGCAAGACGACGGCGGUCUCGGUGGCUCAGGCUGCGGCAACGGCGGCGGACGAGGAGCCAGACACGGACCUGGAAACGGAUCGACUACUGGGUCAGCAGCGGCACGACGAGCAGGAUUUCUUCGCUGAUCAGCAACUGGCGGAUAGCAAUGCUAACGAGGGAACAGAGAUAGCCAGCAAUGGACAUCUGAAUGGCAUGGCCGUCGAUAACAACAAUCCGAAUCCGAAUCCAAUGGGCAAUGCCAAGCCGCAGACUUACUCGACGGCCACCAUUCGUCAGGGCAUCGGCACCUCGCUGACGCCCAAUUCGCCGGACAUCUGCCAGAUUGUUGGCACGGCGGACAUCUCGAUUAGUUCGCCGGAGAAGCUGCAGUUUAGCAAGAGUCCCACGGGCUCCAUCAAGUCGCUGAAGGAUUCGGCCAACUCGGACAAGAAGGCCAAGUCGCGCAACAAGGAGGGUCUUUUGGAACCCAAAGUUCUUAUCGAGGGCGUGCUCUUUCGGGCCCGGUAUCUCGGUUCGACUCAGCUUGUUUGCGAGGGCCAGCCGACCAAGUCGACCAGGAUGAUGCAGGCCGAGGAGGCCGUCUCCAGGAUCAAGGCUUUGGCUCCCGAGGGCGAAAGCCAGCCGAGCACCGAAGUGGACCUGUUCAUAUCAACCGAGAAAAUAAUGGUGCUGAACACCGAUCUCAAGGAGAUCAUGAUGGACCAUGCCCUACGCACUAUAUCCUAUAUAGCGGACAUUGGCGAUCUGGUUGUGCUGAUGGCUCGUCGCCGAUUCGUUCCGAAUAGUGUGGUGGAUCCAGCGACGGCCAGUCCCCUGGGCGAUCCCCUUCCCAGUGCAGCGGCGGCGGGAAUGGGUGAAUCGGAUGAGUCGCCGCCCAAGGAACAGGCCCUAAGCAAACAUAAUCGCACGCCCAAGAUGAUAUGUCACGUUUUCGAGAGCGACGAGGCACAGUUCAUAGCCCAGUCCAUUGGACAGGCCUUUCAGGUGGCCUACAUGGAGUUCCUCAAGGCGAACGGCAUCGAGAACGAGAGUCUGGCCAAGGAGAUGGACUACCAGGAGGUGCUCAACAGUCAGGAGAUCUUCGGCGACGAGCUGGAGAUCUUCGCCAAGAAGGAGCUGCAAAAGGAGGUGGUGGUGCCCAAGGCCAAGGGCGAAAUCCUGGGCGUUGUGAUCGUCGAGAGCGGCUGGGGCUCCAUGCUGCCCACCGUGGUGAUUGCCAAUCUGAUGAGUUCCGGUGCGGCUGCCCGCUGCGGUCAGCUGAACAUCGGUGACCAGCUGAUAGCCAUCAAUGGCAUGAGCCUCGUCGGAUUGCCGCUGUCCACCUGCCAGAGCUACAUACGCAAUGCCAAGAAUCAAACUGCCGUCAAGUUCACCGUCGUGCCCUGUCCUCCGGUCGUCGAGGUCAAGAUCCUGCGACCCAAGGCGCUCUUUCAGUUGGGUUUUAGUGUUCAAAAUGGCGUGAUCUGUAGCCUUUUGCGUGGCGGCAUUGCCGAGCGGGGCGGAGUACGCGUUGGCCAUCGCAUCAUUGAGAUUAACAACCAGAGCGUAGUGGCCGUUCCGCACGAUACCAUUGUCAAGCUGUUGUCAUCCUCAGUGGGCGAGAUCCUCAUGAAGACAAUGCCCACGUCCAUGUUUCGUUUGCUCACCGGCCAGGAGACGCCUAUCUAUAUAUAAACCUAUAUAAAUAUGCAACUGUUCACACGCCUGCGCUGGAAUCGAAAAACUAUAAAUUCGUCAACUGCAACUCGAUCAGCUUUAAGUUCCAUCAACUGAAAACGAAUCGAUAGCUAAUCGAUUCGAAUAUAGACCAAUUAUUGGAAUUCGAUCAGCCUUAAGUUGAUAAAUUGUACACUUUACAUUUUCCAAAAAUGUUUCUUAAAUGAUUCGACAAUUUGUAAAUCGAUUGAGCCUUAAAUGAGAUUAGUUCUUUAUCGACAAAUCGUUCAACUGCCCAGAAUUGAUAUACUGCUAUGGAGAUUAUUAACAGAGCUUCAAAAGAAUAUUCAUGUUUUUCGCUAUUCGGCCCAUCUUUGUAUAUGAAAAAGACUGAAUUUAAAGCCAGUGCGAGUGUAUGUGAGCAGUCAUUGUAAAGUAUUCAAAAAAAUUGUAAGCCCAAAUGUCCCAAAAAUAUAUAUACCCCUUAUAUGUAUACCUUUCCCAUUAUUCCCUCGCAUCCACAACCAGUAGGCUAUAAGCAUUCGAUUGAAUUUACUUGCAAGCAAUUAUUUAUGAUAUGAUCUAAUCCAUUAUUUGUCAUGUAAAUUAACCGUACUUUAGUUCUUUAACUACAUUUAUAAUUUUCGAUAAAGAGAAACAAAAAGCAAGACACUUACCUUAUGCCAAAAAAGAGUUAGAUUUCGUUACAUUUAUUAUUGUAUAGAUUGUAUUAUCCAUUGCGGAUAAGCUGGAUUAUUGCAAUACCAUUACCGAUAUUUAUAAUUAAAGAUGAAUAGCCUUAGAAAAACGAAGCCAUGCCUGCAAAACAACAAACAAAAUAAAUGCAUUUAAAACGCGUCAGAUUAAAGCAAAAACAUAUUGAUUCUAAUUGUAUAAUGUAAUGUCUGUACAAGAAAAAUCUGCACAUUUCUCGAUCGAUUAUUGCCAUAUACCUAACGAUAUAUACUCGUACGAUAAAUAUGAUAAAUCUAAAGCGAAAACAAUAAGCAAAACAGCAAAAGUAAUACGAAGAACAAUAAUUUCAGCAUUGUCUAGUUUCUGUUAAGCGAGAGGGCAUACAUUUAUAAGAAAGAGACGGAGCCACACAAAAGAAAGAGACGGAGCCACAUAAAAGACAGAGACGGCGCCACAACAAGAGAAAGAGAGAGGGAGAGAGCUUAUUUUUGCAUACUUUAAAAAGCGACAAACAAAAGGCAAAUAAACCACAAAAAGCAAAUAAUUGAAACCAAUAUGUAUACAUAUGUUAUUAAUCUAAAUGGAAACGACUAAACUAAAAGAAUAUUUUAAAUAUUUCAAGUGCAGGUAACAACAAAAGACGCAAGUUAAUAAUAUUUAUAUAAAUAUAUAUAUAUAUAUAUAAUACUUUCGAUCGCCAUUCGGAAGCGCAGGUGCAAUAUUUUUGCAAAACACACAAGAAACACACACAGCCACAACAAUUAAUUAAUAAAUUUCUAAGCUACUCGGGACACGGCAACAACAACAACAAAAACACUAAGGAACCCACUAAAGAACAAGAACUCUCUGCUACUGCGCCUCUAACUAACUUCUAAAACCAAACACUAAUCGUAUACUACCUAAUGCAAUUUAUUUAUUAAUACUUAACACGUGACCGAAUACAAACAACAGCGAGAAACAAAAAUAAACUACAUUUAUACA